UUGUAUUUUUGUUUUUGUUGUUUUUUUUGUCAUACAUACAUAAAGCAAAUGGAUAUUAUUAUUGCAAAAAGCAGUAAAAGAAGUGAAAUCAGAACUCAAGUGCUAGAUAAAUAUCAAACAAUAUAACCAAGAACUGUCAAUAAACUAAAGGAAUUUCAAGCAUCCAUAUAUAUCGCUAGGAUUCCGCAGUGCAGUGAACUAAAAUUAAAAAAAAACUUUAGCAAAAUUAUUUGCAGAAAACACAAUUUUUUACUUAAAACCAUCAAAAUUGAUAAAACAAUAGAAAAAAUGAAAUUAAGACUUUUGCGCUGUUUGCGCCAACAGCCAAAACAAACAACAAGACCCAUGCAGCAGGAAGAACUCGAAGUGGUGCGUCAUCAUAUGAUGAAGGAUAUGCAAAAGAAUAACACGGAUAUGCCAGUUAAGAUUCUCUUACUGGGCACAGCCGAAUCGGGCAAGACGACAAUUAUUAAACAGAUGAGAAUAUUGCAUAUCAAUGGAUUCACUGAUGAUGAAAGACGUGAAAAGAUUCCUGAAAUCUAUCAAAAUAUUCAUGACUCGAUCAUACAAUUGGUACGACAAAUGACCUUAUUGGAUAUUGGCUUUGGUAGCCGGAGUAGCGAACGAAGUGCCGACUAUAUUCUAUCCCUGGACUCAUUGGCCCCCGACUAUAUGAGUGAGGAAUACUGUGAUCAUGUCAUGGCCUUAUGGAAUGAUGUGGGCAUACGUUCAUGCUAUAAUCGUUCAAAUGAGUUUCCCCUGCUGGAUAGUGCCAAAUAUUUUCUGGAUAAUUUUGUGAGAAUCAGCGAUAUGGAUUACAUACCCAGCACUGAGGAUAUUUUGCAUAGUCGAAAAAUUACAACUGGCAUAUCACAGAUCACAUUCCGUGUCCCAUUGCCCAAGAGUUUGGGCGGUGGUGAUCAGGAAUUCCGGAUGUACGAUGUUGGCGGCCAGCGGGAUCAGAGAAAUAAAUGGAUUCAAGUCUUUGAGGGCAUACAGGCUGUACUUUUUCUCAUCUCGUGCAGUGAAUUCGAUCAGAAUUUACGCGAAGAUCCCACCCAGAAUCGUUUGCAAGAGGCCCUAAAAUUGUUUCGCGCCGUUUGGCAAAAUCGUUUCCUAUCCUCCGCCGGUUUAAUUGUCUUCCUCAACAAGUAUGACAUUAUGGAGCGGAAAAUUCGUGCCGGCAAGCAUAUUGUUGACUAUUUUCCCGAAUUCGAGGAGUUCCAAAGUCGCCGCCAGCAGAAUAACUUAUUCGAUGAGAGCGAUUGGACGAAAAUGUUUAUAAAACAAAAGAUGGUGGAUAUCACCCAGGAGCCGUUUAAGCGGAAUUCAAGGAAUCAAACGGACUACAGCUCAACGGAAAGGGAAUGCUAUUAUCAUUUCACAGUUGCCACAGAUACACGAUGCAUUCGUGAUGUCUUUAGCGAUGUUCAGCAGAUGAUACUAUCCGAAAAUGUGUCGGGCUUGGCCCUAUAUUAGUUCGAGCUUUCCAAAAUCAGAAAAUGAAAAUACCCCAAACUGUGAUCUAACCGUAUAUGAAUUAGAUGCUAAGUAGUUCUUAUGUCCGAAUUGCAUAUAUUCUCAUUAAAACUCUGAUCAGAUAUCAUUCUCAUUAUUAUUCUAUAUGUAUGUAUAUGUAUAUGCUAUGCACCUAAGCGUUAAGUUAAUAAAACAAAAACC